AUGCCUCCGAAACCCACGACGUUCGAGCUCUUCCCGCGCUUGCCACCGGAAAUUCAGAACCUCAUAUGGGACUUCGCCGCCGCCGCGCACCCCGACCCGACCGAUCAACCCGGAGCACACUUCUUCUCCAUCUACAAAGCGGGCAUAGACAAUGUCCUCGUUGAUGGGAACUUAGUGGACCCAUCCCUGACGAGGCCGUACCGCCUCGGAUUGCCGUUGACUACCGUCAACCCCCGCGCCGCCAGGAUGUCGGCCUACCUCAUCGACGCUGGUCUUCGAUUGGGGUGCCAUGACUCGGCCAGGGCGCUGAAAGGCUGCCAUAAAUCGCUUAUGCGUUGGCUCGAACGCCAGGAGAGCGAAAUCUCUACGUCCCCCGAGUCGGAGGAGUACCACGAAGAAAGGGAGGUGACGUGGGGUACGCGGAUCGUGUUCAAAAGGCAUUCCACACACGUCGGACUUUGGUGCUGGAUGUGUCCGCUCUCCGACCUCAUCGUCUUUCAGCCGGUCGACUUCAACUCGAUCGACCUUGGCGGGCUUGGCUCCUUCCUCCGUUCCAUAUUCAACCUUCCGCGAUGGAUGCGGACUCUGAGGUGCAGGAACAUCGCUUUUGAGCUUCACCCGACGUGGAUCCAAGAUGGGCGCACGGGAAACGAGGGCGCGUUUAGGCUCCUCCAACACGCCGCGAGGUGGCGAGGGGCCAGCUGGGCUGACAACAUCUGGCUCAUCGACUAUGGGAUCAAGCACAUCGUAGGCGCGCCACUUCGUAAAGAUAGGCGACUGUUCGUCGGCAACAGAUGCAGGUUCAUCGAGGUGCUGCUCAAGGACGCGCAAUGGGAGUUCUCGACAGUCGUGGACUCAUACAACUUUGUCAGGCGGUUGGCGAUCCCGAAUCUCGAAUGGCCGCACCGGCUCCGUCACACACAGGAGCCUUUUUAUUCCCAGAGGAUAUGGGGCGUCCUCGCUUGCUUGAUGGACGACGAUGAGUAG